GUCAGGUGGGGAGGGGAGCUUGGGAAAGGAAAGCCUUCAGAAAUGGCAUAACAUUGGUAUGAAUCUGAAAGAUCUGAGUGACAGUUUGACAGGCAGGAAGGGAGGGAAAAGGGUACAAGGUAGGAGGAACAGCAUAUGCAAACAGAAGAGAUCUGAAGGGCAUCCGGCCAGAGCGGAAGGAUGUGCAUAAAAGAGGCCUUCCUGUCCCUGUCAUUUUCCUGAUGACCAAUUCUGUGAACAACUCCUGCACUUAACGUGGGUUGACUCGAAUUUGAUGGUUCAUAAACACUCUGUACCUCACCAAAGCCACUGAAGUUGAGCAGACAUGACUUGGCUAUUCUGCUGAAGGAAAUGAAGCUCAGUGAGCAGCUCUGUCAGGAGGCCAACAGGAGCCAGCACUGGGACUCAACAAUGGAAAUGGGUGUUCUGUUCACCAUGGAAACCUGAUUGCCCAGCACUCACAUGCCUCCCUGGCCUCACUUAUACCAGAGAUCCUCCUCAAUUUCUGCUAUCUUUGCUUCACAUCCCUGAACUUUUUUGGCUGUCCUGGGUCUCCUCUGGCCUACACUAAAGAGCAUGGGCCAUGAAAAACAGGUUAAUUUCUCUCAAUUCCCCAAGCCAAUGUUCAACUACCCAUGGCUGGACUAUCGAAACAGGAACAAAAAAUUCAGAAAAGCCAUGGCUCCUGUUCACCUGCCCUUGUCCUGUUACAAGUUGCCAAAGGAAGCAUUUCCCCCAAGUCCAGAGUGCUGGAGGGAGCAUCCAAGCAGGCCAAAUGCCACGCCUUGCCUCCACCUCAAAAAACACCCCGAUCUCAUCACACACUGGAGCACCCUCUAUGACCAACGCAAAGAGCGGGAGUCAAAAAAGAUGUUAUGGAGAAGAAGAAACCUUACAAGUUCCCAACUAUCAAACCUACAUGUCUCUAUCAGCAAGUUGACUUUAAAGCCUAAGGUGGAACGCAGUUUGUUAGAUGCCACCAAAGACCCCCUGAAGUGGCAAAGACUAAAGGAACUUACCAACAGCUUGAACUCUCCACAAGAGGAUGAGCAGUGCUAUGCAGCCUAUGCUUUAGGGAACCUGGGCGUCAACAAGAAGUUUGUCAUGGAAUCACUGCAGCAGGCGGCUCGAACUGGUUCAGCAAAAGUGAAGGCCGAGAUCUAUAAAGCCCUAGCCAUCCUAGGUUGCUUGGAUAAGUCUGUGGUCAAGGCUCUCAUCAAACAGUUGAUGGAACAAAAGGAAAGUCAAAGGUUGGAGACCCUGGUGGUGCUACGAGUAGCGCUGAACGCCUGGGCUGCUGUGCCUAAGAGCAAGAGGCCAAAAUUCGGAAAUGAGGAAAAGCUGGUGCCUUUGCUGCAGACUCUGAUAGACAAGUCACUGAAUGAAGAAGAAUCCUUAGAGGCAGCCCUGUGCUUGGGUUUCCUGAGGCCCAGCAACAGCAUGGUCCAACAGUUCUUGAUACAAUGUCUGUGCCAAGGGUCCAUGCCCCAGAGGAUGAAGGCACUGAGGAUGCUGGUCAAGAUGAUGAACGUUCACUCAGCUGCUGUCACCAGGGCCAUUCUGGAUCAGCUACACUCUAACGUCAUUGACGAUCGCUUGGAAGCCACCCAGAUGCUCAAGACCAUUGGGUUGGAGAAGAUCCAGGCACAGGGGCUGGAGGAACUCACAUUUGACCUGCUCAAGAAGAAAAUGCACAAUGAACCCUUCCAAGUAAUGAGGCAGGCGGUGUCUGAAACAGUGGAUGUGCUCAAGAUGAAGCCUUUAAUAAUGAAACUAAUGGAGGAGCAACUGAUGAGCCCAGAUGUCACUGAGCGCCAAGAAGCAAUCAUCUCUUUGGGUGCCCUGGGGUUCCGCAACGAACAGGUGUUCCAUUUGCUGCUGGACAUGCUAGAUGCAGAUGAGACCAAGACCGUGAAGAAGAGCAUACAAGAAACACUACUUAUUUGGGCCUCAAGAAAUCCAUGGAUCCGAAACAAGCUGACCAACAAAGUUUUCUUUGUGUACGACGUACCGAAGACUGUGAAGGUAGAGCCUACGAGGUUCCAGAAGGAGCCAGAGAGCCUAGACAACUUGUGUAUCACAGACUUUCGACGGGUUAAGCUGAGCACUUUGUCUAUAGCCAAGUCCUGCAACAAGCUAGGGGGAAAGCUAGAGGCACCUGCUUUCUCAUUCUAUUUCUCCAAACCAAAAAAGGAGAUGCCAAAGGCCACAGGGCCUUGGGAACCAAAAAUCAGGCAACAACUCCGGAACUUGGUGUUGUCUCAAAAUAGGUUUGUUUAGGGGGUCUGAUUCCAACUCUUUCCUUCAGGAUGGUUUCCUGAGGAGACAAUUCAUUUUUCUCCUUUAUGAAUGAAUACUUGUCACUUUA